AUGGCUCGCUCACUCCUGGCUCUCGCCCUCCUUGGUGCCCCCCUUGGCUCUCUCGCCGUUACGCUCAGCGGAAACUAUACUCCAACGUUUAUCCAAUGUCCCACUGGAGAGACAUAUUUGCGCCCUGCAUCCGAGGGUCUCUCACCAGAUGAAUCCGCCUGGCUUGAAAAACGCAAGGAGUAUGUUGUCGAGGGACUCGCAUCCUACCUCACUACUGUCGGCAUCGAGGGCUUCGACGUAAAUGGGUACAUCUCCGCUCUCAACAGCUCGAAAGAUGCUAUUCCUUCGAUUGGCCUCACGCUUUCUGGUGGUGGCACACGAGCGGAGGCCUCGGGCUACGGUAUGCUCCGAACUUUCGAUGGCAGGAUCUCAGAUUCUGUAAGCUAUCGUACGGGUGGGCUUUUGCAGGCAGCCACAUACGUUUCUGGACUUAGCGGAGGUGCAACUGCCAUGGGAAUGGUAGCGAUGUCCGAUUACCUAGACAUGGACAGCGCCCUAGAGGCCGACCUCCUACUCAGCAACUAUUCGACCUCCGAUUUUGCAGUGAUCGCCAACAAAGCUGAACUGGGCUUUAACGUCACGAUUUCAGAUAUAUUUGCCAUCGCCACUGGGGCGAACUCCAUGCGAGUGCCGUCGAAUUCGUCCGUUGACGCGCUCUCUCGCCUAUGGAGCGAUAUCCCCUCUUUCGCCAACUUCUCCGAGGGCAAGAGCCCCAUGACGAUACUGAUGUACAACGAGGUCGUCCCUGCUGGCCUGCCCGGUUCCAACUCCUUUGAUGGGGCUUUGAUACCCGCGGACGAUGCGAAUACGACCGGUACCAUCUAUGAACUCACGCCCUUCGAAUUUGGCAGCUGGCAAGGACGUGCACAGGCCUUCGUCAAGGUUCCAUACAUUGGUACAAGCUUUAACAAUGGGCAGCCUCUCAAUUAUUGUGUCCAAGGUUACGACACAGCAGCCUUCUUGGUCGGCUCUGCUGACGCUGCUAUGAACAUUUGGUAUACUGAAGCCGAGUCGAACGGAACUGUCGGACAAUUUUCCAAACGGGACAAGAUGCCAUACCCGGAGAACGAGGAUGUAAUCGAGGAGGAGAGGGUGGAGGCGCAGGUCGGGGUGCGAGAGGCCUAUCUAACGGAAUAUAUGGAGCUUCUGGGGAACCAAACUCUCGAGGAGACAGUGUAUGGAUUGUGGCCCAAUCCAUUCACCGGUCUCAACGUUUCCGACGCCAACUUGCAAUCGCAAAAGCUCAUCUACCUUGUUGACGGAUCUGAGUACGGACAGGAAAACCCGAUCGUCCCGCUGAUCCAGGAAACUCGCUUCUCAGACUUCCUGGUCGUGAACGAUGCUAGCGGGACCGAACUGAGUAGCGGAUGGUUAAAUGGCACUAACUUCAUCAAUACCGCUAUCUGGGCGAAGGCACAGAACCUUUCCUUCCCCAAGCUUCCAAGCGUCAACACCAUGUUGAACCUCAACUAUACUCUGUACCCCACAUUCUAUGGUUGCUACGAAGAGGAUGUACCCAUCGUCUUGUAUGCGGCUGACGCUCCGUACACAGAGUACUCGAACAUUACCGCUCUUAGCGACCUGGACAGCACUCAGUACGGAAGGCUCUGGAACAACAGUCUUUCCCUAUACUCUCAGGCCGAUUCUCCCAAUGUCAACUCGACGACGGAUUGGCCUACCUGCAUUGCCUGCGCCGCAAUCCACCGAUCUUUGCAACGGCUGAACGCGACCAUCCCGGAUGUUUGUGGGACGUGCUUCGCUGAGCAUUGUUGGGCUGGGGAGGUUGACGAUAGCCAGCCGGGCUUCUUGGCUCCUACGCCUCUUCUCAAGCCAGGACUGACCUUUACGGAGUGGAACACAUCGUUCUACAGUAACAGUACGGCUUAGUGCGUUGUUUGGGAAAAGGGCGGUCACAAUUCUUAUUGCCUUUCUCAAUAUUUUCCUCUGUCUCCAAUUGUUUACCAUAUCAUCACCUAACUUCACCCCUCAUACUGAUGGACUUUCAUGCG